AAACAGCGAACCAAGCAAGAGGAAGAAGAAGGAGAUAAAACGUUAAAUAAAGCACUCUCUUCUCUUGUCUUCUCUUCUGCCUCCUGAAUUCUGAUCGCAUCUCUAUUCUCAAUUUGAAUUUCUUCUUAAAAUCUCAUCAUUCAUCUUCUUCCCUAACUCUGUAUCAAUCAAAAAGGGGAUUCUCACGUAAAUCGCAAGAGAGAUCUUAAAUCAAUCCUUCACUUUCCUUUCUUGUUGCAACCACUUUAUUUUCUUUUCCUUUUCCCUCUCUGUCUCUCUCUCUGUUUCUCCUCUCUCGUCGUCGUCAAUGGUGAUGGAGGACAACGAGAGUUGCGGUAGUAGAGUGAUUACCGACGCCUUACCUACGUCGCAGGCUGCCAUAGACCGUCGUGAGCGCAUGAAACUGGAGGUUUUCGAUGAGGUUCUCCGCCGUCUCCGUCAAUCUGGCAUCCAAGACACGGAUCGCCCUGGUUUCGAGGACGAGCUCUGGUCUCACUUCAAUCGCCUCCCCGCUCGGUAUGCUUUGGAUGUCAAUGUAGAGAGAGCAGAAGACGUGCUGAUGCACAAGAGAUUACUGCAUUCAGCUCAUGAUCCGGAUAACAGGCCAGCUAUCGAAGUUCGUCUCGUGCAGGUUCAACCUGCGGGGAUCUCAGCUGACUCGACUACCACGGACUCUCUUAGUAAUGACGCUGAUCAAACUUCUCCUAGACUCUCUACCAAAAAAAGCAUUCAUCCCCCGCCGGCCUUUGGUUCAUCGCCCAAUCUUGAAGCACUUGCACUUGCAGCAAGUAGAUCCCAGGACGAGGAGGGGGACAACUCUGUGCGUAACAAUUCACUGUAUUCCCGUUCCAACUUACCCUGUCGAUCCGACUACAGGCCCUUGCAUGAGAUAACCUUUUCCACAGAAGACAAGCCUAAACUCCUUUUUCAGUUAACUGCAUUGCUUGCUGAGCUUGGGCUGAACAUUCAAGAGGCCCAUGCUUUUUCUACAACUGAUGGCUUCUCACUAGAUGUUUUUGUCGUUGAUGGUUGGCCGUACGAGGAAAUAGAAAGACUUAGAAUAGCGUUGGAGAAAGAAGCAGCAAAAAUUGAGUUGCAGGACCAAAGCUGGCCUAUGCAGCAAUCCUUCUCUCCUGAAAAGGAAAACGGGCAAACAGGUGCCAGAACGGCGAGAAACCAUGUUGCAAUACCCAAUGAUGGAACUGAUGUUUGGGAAAUCAACCUUAAACAGUUGAAAUUUGGGCAUAAAAUAGCGGCUGGUUCUUAUGGAGAUCUGUACAAAGGUACAUACUGUAGCCAGGAAGUUGCUAUAAAAGUCCUCAAGCCAGAGCGUCUAGAUUCUGAGCUAGAGAAAGAGUUUGCCCAAGAAGUCUUUAUUAUGAGGAAAGUUCGGCACAAAAACGUCGUUCAGUUCAUUGGUGCUUGCACCAAACCUCCACAUCUGUGUAUUGUUACAGAAUUCAUGCCCGGUGGAAGUGUAUAUGACUAUCUACACAAGCAAAAAGGCGUCUUUAAGCUUCCGACUUUGUUUAAAGUAGCUAUAGAUAUUUGCAAAGGGAUGAACUACUUACACCAAAAUAACAUAAUUCACCGAGAUUUGAAGGCUGCAAACCUUUUAAUGGACGAAAAUGAGGUUGUUAAGGUUGCAGACUUUGGGGUGGCUAGAGUAAAAGCAGAAACUGGAGUAAUGACAGCUGAAACUGGAACAUAUCGCUGGAUGGCUCCAGAGGUGAUAGAACACAAGCCAUAUGAUCACAAGGCUGACGUUUUCAGCUACGGGAUUGUGCUAUGGGAGUUGUUGACUGGCAAGCUUCCAUAUGAAUACCUGACGCCAUUGCAGGCAGCAGUCGGGGUGGUCCAAAAAGGAUUACGGCCAACAAUACCGAAGAACACGCAUCCGAAAAUGAAAGAGCUGCUGGAGAGAUUGUGGGAGAAGGAUCCAACGGUGAGACCGGACUUCUCAGAGAUCAUAGAGCAGCUGGAACAGAUAGCCAAGGAAGUAGGAGAAGAGGGGGAGGAGAAGAAAAGAUCAGCAACAGGAGGUAUCUUUGCGGCACUCAGGAGAAGCGCAACAUCACAUCAUCAUCAUCAUUGAUAUUGAUAUUUAUUUUGUCAUCAAAAAGACUGUAUAGCGCGCGAGAGAGUUUGUGUGUUUUUUUUACUUUGUUUGUUGCUCUGCUAUUCAAAAUUGAUUUUCAUCCUUCCUCUCUGUAAUUUACACCACCCAUUGUAGUUUGUCUACU